CGUUGCACGGGUAUCACCAGGCCCGCUGGAAGCCCAUGUCUGGGGAAGGGCUCUGGAUUACAGCCAUGCUCAACUACGAUGGGGGUGAUGAAGUGAGAAUGAAGAUUACCGUGGAAGGGGCAAAAGAGGUGGAAAUGCAGACUGAUGAAAAAUUGCACGAUGCGAUCACGGAGGCGAAAGAUUGUGUGGAGAGGCGCAGCAGGAGGGACGGAGUGACAGCAAGGUUGCUGGUAACGGUAUCGUAUCAUGAGACCGAGACCUCAAUGGACACAGCGGACCUGGAACAAGCCCACGUGGACAGGGACUCAGGUGGGGAAAGCGAGAUGAGCGAGGCAGGAGAUCGAAAGACGGACCUCAGGUCCUGGAAUAGACCAGGCGAGAUCCAGAGGUAUCACCAAGCCGCGAAGCUGGUGGAAGAGGGACUCAAGCCCAACUCCCGACAGCUGACACCCAGAGGCCGUGGGACGGGUGAAAGGCAGAUCAGGGGGAAAAGACAGAGGCUAGUAAAAGAGUUGGGGUUCAAGAGGGAGGUGAGCAAAAGGGCAAGAGGAAGAGCCUCUUUCACAGUACGAUAAGAGUCAGCAUGGGUAUUACUGCCUGAACGAGAGAACCUCUUGCCACCGACACCACUAUCUGUUAUGAACGGCCAGCGUUUCUU